CAAUUUGAGUGAAGUGCCAUGCUAUUCCUGAGCAGUGGGACCGUGGAUGCCACCCCGAGGAGUACAGUUAUUGGCCAACAGCAGCAGGGGAAAACCGUUUACCACAUCUCAGUCAUCCUGAACGAAACACAGGGAGAUGCGGUGGUGUCAGGGCUGGGAAUGGGCCGGGUCACCCACACCCAGGUGGAGAACUGCCAGCCAGGAGGAGAGAUAAUCAGAGUCGUGCCAAUGGAGAGCAGCCCGAGGCUGGGCAGGGCACGGCAGGAGUUUGACAGGUGGCCCUCCCUGAGCCGCACAGGUAGAGCUAGGAGACAAAGAGAGGAGGUAGUUGUGGAGGAGAAUGAGGAGGAGUUGGCAGAGGUAGAGGGAAAAAUGAAGACUGACGGGUUUUUUAAACAGCCCUUCAAGAACUACGGUAACUCCUUGCAGAGAGACAGAGACGUGGCAGACGCUCAGACAGACACCCAGGAGCAACACAUUCAGAGCGCAACAUUACGACCCGUCACCGUCCAUGCUAAAGGGCUCUUUUUUGGGGAACAUGGCCCAGUCGCAGGACAUAGCUCUCUGCCUCGGGCCGUGUUGCGAAGGUCACGUCAGGAUGAAGCCCCGCUAGGUAGGAGACCGCUGAGCAUGUAUGGCGACUCAGUCAAGCAGCAAAGAGAUUCCCAACCUGAACAAGAGAGGCGGCUGCGGAGGCCCAGGAGUGUGUGCAUGCUGGCAGGCCCAGGCCCAGUCCUGUUGGAGCCCCAGACCCAGAACCCCCUCAAGAGGGCAAGCAUUUUAGAAAACAACCAGCAGAUCAGGAACAGAAAGGCUGAGCUGAGGGCUGUGGAUGGCCUCAAUGCUGUUGCGCCUCAGCGGCCUUCGGUCCCCGCUGAGGUGACCGCCAGACUGCGCCAGAGGAGCUGGAGGCCCCGGCCUGUCAGUAUGACAGUACUGGAGCUGAGGAAGAGGGGCUCUGAUGAUGAGAUAGACAGCCAGAGGAGCUGCAGCCACACAGGCAGCGAUGGAGGAGGCUUGCUCAAAGGGGGCUUUCGUUGGAGGCUUUUUGGGAAAGCAUCUCAAGAAAAGGGCAAGGAAAGGGACGCUGAUAAAGAUACAAAAUCUUCUCCCAAAUGUAGUAAAUCUGAUGCUCCAAAAAGUACACUGAGCUCCUUAAGACGGAGCCUCAGUCUGCGAAUCAGGAGGACUCGGCCCCGGGACAAAGUUACAUUAGGGUCUGAAAAGGAGGUAAAGGAGUGCUCUCGGACUACAAGCACGGCUGAGGAUACAACAAUGCCUCCGCGGCCUUUCUCGUACCUCACAGGAAGAACGCUUCCGACUUCCACUGAGCAGAGUGAGGAUGGGGGCAUGCAGUACAUUCAGUACCACAGCAUGGGGAAGGUCAAGGUGAUGGAGGUGCCCCUCUGUCCAACAAAACUAUCUUCCAAACCAGUUCAGGAAGAGCCGAGCAUAUGGCAGCUCAUAGCCAACCGUUUCAGGAGGAAAGAGCAGCCGUACAAUGGCAAAUGUGAAAGCCAGGAGUCCCAGAGCAAAGACACAGGCCAAUAUCCCCUGGCCGGGAAUAAUAAGUCACAGCCAGUCACCAUAGCGACUCUGGCAGGCAUUGACUCCCACAAAGGUCGAGACUCCUUCGUCAACAGCCAGGAAUGGACAUUGAGUCGGUCAGUGCCGGAGCUGAAAGUGGGCAUUGUGGGGAAUCUCUCCAGUGGAAAGUCUGCUUUGGUGCACCGGUACUUGACAGGCACAUAUGUGCAGGAGGAGUCACCUGAAGGUGGACGGUUCAAGAAAGAAAUAGUGGUGGAUGGACAGAGCUACCUACUUCUGAUCAGAGAUGAAGGAGGGCCUCCAGAAUUACAGUUCGCUGCCUGGGUGGAUGCGGUGGUUUUCGUCUUUAGCCUGGAGGAUGAGAUCAGCUUCCAGACGGUCUACAAUUACUUCUUGCGACUCUCCAGCUACAGGAACACAGCUGAGGUCCCCAUGGUCCUCGUUGGAACACAAGAUGCAAUCAGUGCUGCCAACCCCAGAGUGAUUGACGACUCGAGGGCCAGAAAGUUGUCAAAUGACCUGAAGCGCUGCACGUAUUAUGAGACCUGCUCCACCUACGGCCUGAAUGUGGAGAGAGUCUUCCAGGACGUUGCCCAGAAAGUUGUGGCCAUGAGGAAAAAGCAGCAGCUCUCUAUUGGUCCGUGCAAAUCUCUCCCCAAUUCUCCCAGCCACUCAUCAGUCCCUGCUGCAUCCAUCCCCUCUGUUCACAUUAACCAGGCGGCCAAUGGUGGGGGUGCGUUCAGCGACUACUCCUCCUCUGUUCCCUCCACCCCCAGCAUAAGUCAGCGGGAGAUGCGCAUUGAGACCAUCGCUGCCUCCAACACGCCCACGCCCAUCCGCAAGCAGUCAAAGCGCCGCUCCAACAUUUUCACAUCACGGAAAGCCAGUGAACAAGCAAAGAGCGUUGACAGUAAAACAGACAGCAUAGGCAGUGGGAGGGCCAUACCUAUCAAACAGGGAAUCCUUCUGAAGCGAAGUGGCAAAUCCCUCAACAAGGAGUGGAAAAAGAAAUAUGUCACACUGUGUGAUAACGGCGUCCUUACUUACCACCCCAGUUUACAUGACUACAUGCAGAAUGUGCAUGGGAAAGAGAUAGACUUGCUGCGGACAACAGUCAAAGUUCCUGGGAAGCGACCACCCAGAGCAGUGGCCACCGUCGCCCCUACUGCCAGUCCCAAAACCAACGGGCUGACCAAGGACCGCAGCACCUUGCAGCUGGGCAUAGGAAACACAGGUGCUCCUCACUCCAACAGCAGCUCAUCCCUCCAGACGGGCGCAUCGUUGUUUAGCGGCAGCAAAGACGGCAUGCACCAACGCUCCUUCUCCGUGUCCAGCGCUGACCAGUGGAAUGAAGCCAUCAACACCAGUACAAGCAGCGGAGCCCCCAAUGGAAUGAGUGAUCCCACCACUUCCAGUGUGGGCAGCGCCACCAGCCCUAAACUUGAGCCACCUCCUUCACCACACGCCAACCGCAAGAAACACAGACGGAAAAAGAGCACGGGCAUCACGAAACCAGACGGCUUAUCUGCGGGCAACGAAGAGCAAGAGGAUUCCUUUGAGUUCAUCAUUGUAUCGUUGACGGGUCAAACGUGGAACUUCGAGGCAUCUACAUAUGAGGAGAGGGAGCUGUGGGUCCAAGCCAUCGAGAGCCAGAUCUUUGCCAGCCUGCAGUCGUGUGAGAGCAUAAAGAACAAGUCUCGGUUAGGCAGCCAAAGUGAUGCGAUGGCCAUUCAGUCCAUAAGAAACGUGAGGGGGAACAGCUUCUGUGUGGACUGUGAUGCACCCAACCCAGACUGGGCCAGUCUGAACCUGGGCGCCUUGAUGUGCAUCGAGUGCUCCGGCAUCCACAGAAACUUGGGCACCCACCUGUCUCGUGUCCGCUCCCUGGACCUGGAUGACUGGCCGGUGGAGCUCAGCAUGGUGAUGACGGCCAUCGGCAACUCGAUGGCCAACAGCGUGUGGGAAGGCGCUUUGGAGGGCUACACCAAGCCAGGCAGCGACAGCACCAGGGAGGAGAAGGAGCGCUGGAUCCGAGCCAAGUACGAGCAGAAGCUGUUCCUGGUGGGGCUGCCCCAGUCAGAUGUGCCCCUGGGGCAGCAGCUGCUUCGGGCGGUGGUGGAGGAUGACCUGAGGUUGGUGGUGGUGCUGCUGGCCCACGGCACCAAGGAGGAGGUUAACGAGACCUACGGGGACGGAGACGGACGCACCGCUCUGCACCUCUCUUGCGCAAUGGCAAACGUGGUCAUCACACAGCUGCUCAUCUGGUACGGUGUGGACGUGAAGAGUCGGGACGCUCGUGGCCAGACCUCGUUGUCCUACGCCCGGCGCGCUGGCAGCCAGGAGUGCGCGGACAUCUUGCUUCAGCACGGUUGCCCCAACGACACAAGUAGCCUGACGUCCGUGCCCACACCCAACAUGAGCCGCCGCAACCCCAAUCCCAACAUCAACAACAACAACGCCCAGUGUGAGCUCAACCGCAGCAUCAGCAUUAUGUAGGAGCCAGAGAGCAAACACACGAACUUCCCCGAACCCGCUCCUGUCUGUUCCCAGUACUUCCUCCUCUGUUUCACACUGUGUAACCCAGAAUCAGAACCAACAGAGAGAAACCAGGAGCCAUGGACACAUUGUUUAUAUUCCACCGAACAAAGUCGGUGUUUGGGGUUCGGACAUUGUACAUUGUUUGUUUUAUAUUAUUAUUUUUUAUUUGUUAAACUCAUUCAGUCUUGGUCUGAAACGAUCACGAUCAGCUUUAAGCUUUUUGUUUUUUAAGCGCCAACCAAACAAAUGACUUACUUUGGCAUUCAUACCUUCCCCACGAAAAGCAUUUCCUUAAUGCUCCAACAUUUCCUUUUAUGUCUUCCCCUUCUGCGACAUGAACUGAUUUUAUAACGAGCCUGAGAUGAGCAACUUCCUUCAAAUUUCCAAGCCUAAGCAUAAUAACAUAAAACUGUGAGGAAUAGUUUCACAAGUGACAAAAAAGAAACACUGAUGUGGGCAAAGAAACUAAAUCUUCCAUGAUCUCGGUGGCUGUUGCAGCUUUUAGUAAUGAUGCAUGUCUUCACCACAGCUAUCAAACUCUUGACAUACUAUUCAUAUACAAAGGCAAAGCAAUUAUAGUUGAAGAGUCCAAAUGAUUUAGAUACUUAAUUCACAGGAAAAUGGGUUAGGAUCAUCAUAAAGGAGCUGAUUGCUGAAUUCCUAUCGGCUGAAAGUGAGUCAUUUCCUUCGCCACCCUUAUCGUGAUCCUCCAGUAAAAGUGUCUGUGACUACAAAGGAAUUAAGGGGCAUGAUGUUUUAUGACCAUCGAGCCACGCGGCUUUGUGAGCGUGCCUCUUCAAUCAGAAUUCAUUCAAAUUCAAACCUUUGAUUGAAACAGUAGAAUCACACCAUUAAUGACGUCUUUGUUGGAGUAGUUUUCCGAUUGACCAGAUUGUGUUGAUAAUUGUUUGACACAGAUACUAUCUGUUCACCUCCUGUGGCCAAAGGCUGUAGUAAUCGGUACUCUCAAGAGCAUUUCCUCUUUUGUUGCUGUGAAAUACAUAUAUAGUACUGUGUAUGUGCCUCCGUACAUUAACCGUACAACACGUGUGUGCUUACGUCUUUUCGUCCGUGACCGUGUUCAGCAGAGAGCGACUGGGCAUUUCUGUUCAUAUACAUUGGAGAGAGGACACUGGAGAGAAGACGCUUAGAGUGAAGAUUUAGGAACAUAACUGUGUUUUAAUGUACAGACCCCUGUAAAAAGUAGUUCUUGUUCCUUCACCUUAUUCCUUAUAAGAACUUACUCUGAAGUUUUAGAAUCGAAAAAAAAUCCUUAAGUGUCAGCCUGAAAGUAGGGAGUUAACAGAAUGCAUUUAAUUGACUGAAGCGAGAAAGAAAAUGAGCAAGGAGGUUCAUAGAGGGAAGUAUACUUAGUUCGACUCUCUUUGCAUUAAUACAAAUGUACAGUAUUCCAUUGACAUGAUAAUUCAUUUAUAGUAAAGGUAAGAAAUUAAUUCAGGUGGCACGAAGUCUACAGUGUACUUUCCCUUUUAUUCAACUGCCAUUUUUAAGGUUUUAAACCAUUUUGAUUUUAUGCGUUUACAAAGGCAGGAUGUAUAUGUUUACAGAGCAAGUUCUUAACAUUUUGUAUCUUCGGGAUUCUGUUGUUGCUUUACAGCGUUCCUGUUUUCAGAGCCCCAUGGUGUAUGAAUAUGUGAUCAAAAGAGGAUGUAAGUCAAGAGAGGGAUAUGAGGAGUAGUUUGACAUAUUUGUGAAUACAUUUUUUUUUUGCUGUCUUGAUCAGAAGAUUGAUGCCAGUCUCUUGUCUGUGUGUUUGGUAUGGAGCUGGAGGCAAGAGGCGAUCACCCUAAAAAAACAUUAUCCUGGCUACAAGGUUAGUUAUACCACGUAGCUCCUUCAAAAAACUGUUAUUUUAAAAUUUCUUUUUUGUAUUAAAAAAACAAGAUUUAUCAUUUUAAUUUGUAAGAUCAGGAUCAGGUCCCCAGGAAGUGUGGCACACUUUUGAUGACAAUUUUUCGUAGUGACCAAACAGUGUAAUUACAUCCGUCAUGUGUUGCCAAAAACAUUUUUUGCAAUAGAUUUACAUGGCAGAAGAGACAUCUGAAAAUCUGUGAAAUCAGAUACAUUUUUUGAGGGCCAAAAAAAGGGGUUUGUUCCAUCAUCAGGAUUUGAUCCAUUCAGUACGAUAACAUUUUGAAAGACUAAAAGGGACGCACAAUUGAAUAAUUUUAUUCCCAUUCAAGUUAGUGGAGCGCCGAAGUCUCCAAUGUGCCUUCUCUACAGGCCACACAGUGCAGAAGGAGUGACGAUCAUUAGGGUAAUUUUACAAGCGGCAGUUGGAUUUUUUGGGGGCUUUGUGCACCACUGAGUAACUUUCAUAGGAACUAACAGAACCCUACCUCCAAUGCUGUGUCCAGUUAUCUUUAGGCAUUCAUGCUCUAGAGCUGCUGGUAGGCAGAUUUUGAAUUUAUGGUGCGAGCCAGGCCUGAAUUUAGCCAUGACAAAACGUAGCAAAACUUUAAAUGGAAACUGUGCUGCAUCGAACGUCCUUUUGUGUUAAGGCUCAGACAAACUUUCCACAUUGGACGUCCGGUGACAGCUGCGGUCAAGCACAUGCAGUUGUGUUCAUAGUACAAUUGGCGGUCCAUGUCAGCCCCAGGCAAUAAACACAAGGGCUUAGGAUCCUUCUACUGCCAACAUCAGGUUAAAGAGAAACUUAAUGAUGCUGCGUGUGAAUGUCUGUCAGAUAUCCAACUUAAAACUAACUUUACGGUAGAAAGGCAGCUGUGGCUGCUUCAACUGCAGUGUUUUGAACUGGAAAUAAGUGUUGAACAAGAGAUUGGAGCAUGCACAGUUGCCACGGUUUCUAUUCCUACAGUCUGUGCUGUCACAUAAAAUGGGCUACAUGUGGACCCAAGCGGGCCCUCGUGGACUUGGCUGAAUUAUGACUUUAACAUCACACAGACCAAUUUGGACCCAUGCACAGACGCUAUGCAUUGGCCUUUAUGCUAAAUACGUCCUGGUUUAAUUCAGUAAAAUUCAAGAAAAAUUAACAGGGCAUUAUUGGCAUUUGAAAUAUAUGUUUACAUUACCAAAGCAAGUGUGUAACAUAAAAACAAAAAUUACACAUACAGUAGGUAAAGUUAUAUUAGAAUUUGGUUUAUAUACUUGUCGCUGCCACUGCAAAACAGUGCGCGACCUUUUCAUAUUGAACUUGCUCCCCACUAAUCAUGUCCCCCUGCUUCCUGUCUUUUUGCUAGCUAAGCUAAGCUAACAGCCUCCUUGCUCUAGUGCCAUGCUUUACACAAAGACAUGAGAGUGGUACCAAUCGCCUUAUCUGACUCUCAGCACAUAAGCAUUUUCCAAAAUGUCCAACUAUUUCUUCAUAACAUCCCAAAACCGACCACAAAUUCAACUCGCUACCUUCAAAUAUUACUCGUACUGUACAGUGGUACUGGCCUUAUUUCUGAUUUUUACUUGACCAACUUAUUUCAGUGAGAACAUUUCUGUGUCCGAGGGGAGUUUAAUGUGUAUAGUGAUUACCUGAAACCUUAUUUACAUACUGUAGAUUAUUAAAAAAAAAUACACGAGAAACCUGCCUGUUUUCCCCCCAGACACAACAUAUGAACAAGUGUACAUAUUAGCUUAAUGCUUUUAUCUGAAGACGAGCUCCUCCCAGAGAAACACACUAAAUUGGUUUUAGGUCAACGGUCCCCUUUGACCCAUGAACCAUAUUUUGAUAUGUUGUUUUUUGUUUCUUCUUAGGCAUAUUUUUAAGGUACUUCUGUUUGGUCUCGACAUUAACCGGCCAUCUUUGGUACUUGUGUAUAAUGAUGUACAUUUGACAUAUUUAUAAUGCAGUUUGUAAAUAUCUUUUUCUUUUUUUUUGUUUUUGUUCAAGUUAAUUUUCCUAUUGUAAUUCCUUUUACGUUCAGAACGUGAAACAAAGCAAAAGCUAAAGAGUAACUUGUUGUAUGCUUGGAUGCUUGGCUGACUGUUGACCUAUUAAUAAACACUCAAAUAAAACGAAGUAGCCUUCCCUGCAUUUGGGGAAAGCGA